GUGAAACAUAUGACGCCAUCCGCUUGCUAAUCUCAUCUCACGGUUAGCUUUUCUGAUUUAAUUUUGGACGUGUUUUAACCUCAAGGUCGACGAUUUGAUUGUGUUCAACGGUUUUAUAAGGUUAAAUUCACGAUCAUGUUCCUCACCCUCGCCCUCCUGCGGAAAGGUAUUCCCGGAAAGCAGUGGAUCGGGAAGUACCGUCGCCCGCGGAAGAUAACGUGGCAGAUGAAAAGCGGCAUGGUGAAGCAUCUGGAGCGUGAGGCUGAGAACGAGUACUGGCUCAGCCGCCCAUACAUGACAAAGGAGCAGGAGCAAUCCCACGCCGCUGAGCGCAGGGCUCAGAACUGGCGUAACAUCAGGGAGGCCAGAUUAGCCAACUUUCCGGAGCACAAGCACAUAACCGAUCAUCUAAGUCAUCUGAGAAUUUCCAAGACGUGGUCAAGUUAACAUCUGAAGCUAUAUAAAUCCAAAGACUUGUUUAACAAAGAAACAAAAUGGUUACUUACUAACUUUAUUUGAGCAGAGUUUUACAUGAUCUAUAAAGGUGUGAUAUAAAAUGAUUGUUUGUUGUGUAAUUUGUCAUUUUAAGAUUAAAACAGCUUCACACCAUGUAAA